AUGUCUUCAGCAGGAGGACGUGGCCGCGGCGGCAAGUUCAACAAGGUGAAGCGCGGAGGCGGCAAGAAGUUCUCUCGCGAUCUACAGCCACUCAAUGCAGAUGGUGAAGUCGUAGGCAUGUGGGGUGAACAACCCGACAAGAUCGCCGAAGAGUCCUCCUCAGCCGAAGAAUCCUCUGAAGAAGAAUCCUCAGACGAAGGCACCUCCAAGCCCGCCCAAGAAGAACUCACGCGCGAGCAACGCCGCGAACUAGCCAAGAAGCGCAAAGCAGCCGCCAUAGCCAAGAAGAACCAAAAGACGCCCGAAGCCGGCGACCUCCCCACCUCCUCGGAAGACGAAGCCUCCAACGACGACGACGAAAUGCCCGCAAACCCAAACCACACCGCCAAAGCCCGCUCCCAAGCCGCCACCAUGCCCUCUGCCCCCACCGCAGACGACCAGCCCGCCCCCGGCCCCCAAAAGGGCAAAGGCAAGCAAGACGUCUCGCAGCUCUCGCGCCGCGAGCGUGAAGCCCUACAGGCACAGCAAGCCAAGGAGCGCUACGAGAAGCUGCAUGCAGAGGGCAAGACGGAGCAAGCGCGCGCCGAUCUCGAGCGGCUGGCGCUGGUGCGCGAGCGCAGGGAGGCAGAGGCUGCGCGGAAGAAGGCCGAGGCGGAGGAGAGGGCCGAGCUGGAGAAGGAAAAGGCCGAGUUGAUGGAGCGCGAGAAUCGGAGGCGGGAGCAGGCAAAGGGCAAGGCGCAGCGUUUGGCCAAGGGGGGGAAGAAGAAGGCGUAG